AGUAGUUAUUUUUGUGGACGUAGUAUUCCAGCUUUUUAAGUUCAGCUUCUUCCUGCUCUGCAUCAUUUUUCACCACCAUGACUUCUCUGGAAACCGGCCCUGGAUUCGACUUAAUCCAGGGCAGGAUUGAAUCGCUGAGCAGCAAAAUGGACACUCUCAUCAGCAUCCAGGAGAAAGUUCUGAGCCGUCUGGACAGCAUGUCCGAAGAACUCGUGGGGAUAGGACGAGACAUGGAGACCCUCAAAGUGGACAAGGUGGACGUGCCUCCGUCGAGCGUACAGAAGGGACCAGCCCGAGGCAUCGGAGGCGAGAUGAAGGAAAUGUGCCAGGAAAUGAACAGCAUCAUGACGGUCGUCAACCAGCGUUCCGAGCAGCACACCCAAAAACUGGAAGGCAUGGAGAGGCUGGUGAUGAGCAUCCAGCAGGUCGUCAGUUUCAUCGGAGAAACUGUCAAGACUUCCAAGAUCACAGAACUCAUGUUUAAGGGGCCACGCAAGAGCAAGGUGGCUUUAGGCUCAGGGGUCAGGAGUCAGGAUUUCAAACAUAUUGCUAAGAAACAGGCCUCAGGUGAGGCUGCUCCAGGAAAGAAAACUGCCUCCACUAAAUCCAUCAAAAGGACAGAAGAGUUAAACCCGGCAUGUGAAACAUCCAGCAGCCUGAAGUCUCCUCAUAAGCUAAAGCUUCAUGGACCAAAGCAUUUCCUUAAGAAACCCUUCAACUUUCUACAUUCAUCUGUGUCACUGACUUCAACACAUAAGGAUCACAAGAGCAAAGAUGGGAAGGAGAAAUCUCACCUGAGCUUUAAAGGACCGAAGGCACAAAAGAAGAAGAAGCCCCCAGACACGACAGAUGCUGCCUCUCUGAAGAAGCAAGCUCUUCUCCUGGAGGAGGUUCAGAAACUGAACAUAGAAAAUGCUGAGCGCUCUCUAUCCCCCAUGCCGACAGAAGCUGAGCCUCCUCUCAGCCAAAACCUUCUUGAUUUUAUCCUGCAGCAAGAAGAAAUUCCUGCUGUCAAACCAGAGGAUGUCUCAGAUGAGGCACAGGAGACCAGCAUGGAAUUGGAACAGGAGGAAGAGCAGAAGGAAAAGGAAAUAACAGAGGAGACUCAGGAUGAAGAGGAGAAGGCAGCUGAGGAAAAGGAGGAGGAAAAGGAGGAGGAAAAGGAGGAGGAAAAGGAGGAGGAAAAGGAGAGCACAGAGGAAGUUGAGGAGAAGAACAAGGAGGAAGCUGUAGUGGUGGUUGAAGAUGUGAAGGCUGAGGAUGUGGUCACAGUACAGAGCUCUGAACCAGAACCAGAGGACAGAGUGUCCACUAUUACAGAACAACCUGAAACAGAAAGUCUUGAAGUGGAAGAGAAAAACUCUGUGGAAGAGGAGAAUGAAAACCAAGCCAAGGUGCCGGAGGAGCAGUAUGGCAUUUUCAAAGCGGAUGGAGUCGAACUUCUCUUGAAUUUUAGCAAAAAGAAAGUAAAGGAGGAGAAAAAAGAUGAAGAUGAGUGUGAACAGUUCUUUAUCGACUGCACUCCUCCACCAGCGGCUCCCUUCAGCCACCGCGUGGUCUCCGCCAAGCCCAACCAGAUCAGCAACUUCUACACCAUCAACCACCAGGAGAUGAUCGGCGGAGGUCGGUUUGGUCAGGUGCACAAGUGCAUUGAAAAUUCCUCUGGACUCACUCUAGCAGCCAAGAUCAUCAAAGCACGGAGUCUGAAGGAAAAGGAGGUGGUAAAAAAUGAGAUUUUGGUCAUGAACCAGUUGGACCAUGCCAACCUGAUCCAGCUGUAUGCCGCCUACGAAUCCAGGAACGACAUCAUCCUUGUUCUUGAAUAUGUAAAUGGUGGAGAGCUCUUCGACAGAAUCAUUGAUGAGAACUAUAAGCUAACAGAGCUGGACACUGUCAUGUUUGUCCGACAGAUAUGUGAGGGUCUGCGCCACAUGCACAAAAUGUACAUCCUCCAUCUCGACCUGAAGCCUGAGAAUAUACUGUGUGUUAGUCGAGUGACCAAUAAAAUAAAGAUUAUCGACUUUGGACUUGCGAGAAAAUACAAACCCAAAGAGAAGUUACGCGUGAAUUUUGGCACACCAGAGUUUCUCGCCCCGGAGGUGAUUAACUAUGACUUUGUGUCAUUUAACACAGACAUGUGGAGCCUCGGCGUGAUCACCUACAUGCUCCUCAGUGGUUUGUCUCCGUUUCUUGGUGAUGACGAUAAUGAGACACUUAACAACAUUCUGGUAUGUCAGUGGAACUUUGAGGAAAGUGAGUUCCUGGGCAUUUCAGAGGAGGCCAAAGACUUCAUCUCCAAACUGCUCAUCUAUAAUAAAAGUUGGAGGGUAGGUGCAGCUGAAGCUCUGAAGCAUCCUUGGCUCUCAGACCCAGCAGUUCACCAUCGCCUGCAUAUAAAGAGGAACAUGUGCAGAUCACGUAGAAAUUCAUGCCUCCCUCCACCAGAGAGCUAAUAUCCUGCUAUAUACAUGCUGGUUUUGUUUCUACCAGCUGAGGCUGACUGGACCAAGCCUGCUGUGCCUUUAAUUACUGGACAUUACUUGUAAAACUACCUUCCUGUUAGCUUAUGCUGUUUGGAAAUAGAGUCGCACAAGUUUGCACCAUUCUGGUAACUGCAGUCAUAUGAGUGGCUUGAUUAAGUCAAUUAUGGGCUCCAGUGCAGAAAAAAACCCAAACUAUACAUACAACACAUAUAAAUAAUAUAUUUUCAUUUAAUAUAAUAUAAAUAAUGGACAGUUCUAAUAAAAUACACCAAUAAAGGCUGGUCAAGCUAUUCGGUUUAAUUUAUUACAGUCCAGUUUCUCUGAAUCACUGGCAGCAUAUGAUGGACAGGAUGCCAAUCCAUGCCAGGGCAUCAACCACACCCCCAGACACAGCCAAUCAUGUCUUUUUGUAGAUGCCGACUGGCUGAUAGCACCACUAAGGAUCUGAACCAGGAUUUUAGUGGCGGUGUGCUUGCUUAUUAGAACACUGCACCACUCGAGCACCUUCUGACCAUGACAUGUUCAUUUUAAUUAGAUUUAUAGUACAAAUUCACUCAUAAGUUACUCUUUCAUAUACAUGUACUUGAAAUAUGAGUAGAACUGUGACUGAAAUUACCAGAAAGCUUUAGGAUCUGUAACACUUCUACUGUAGGAUCAUCACUGUGCAAUACGACAGGAUGUUUGUUUGUUUGUGUUAAAGUGCUUCAGUCUGUUAGGGAAUUUUAUGUGCAUAGCUGUGCAUGUUAC